AUGCUUCCGGGAACAAAUCGUCCAAUUGUUAUUCCCACCGACUAUGUGCCACCAGCUGUUGGGUGUGUCGAUGUGAACUUGGCAAAUCAUCUAAUGGAAAAGUUUGGACGUCUUGCAUUUUCUACUCCCAAUCAAACACGUACCAUGAAUUAUCACCUCCUCGACUUGAAUAUUCUUAAAAUGUGGAAUGGUUGUAAUGGCCUGUCUGUCGAUCUUACGUCGGAACUUAGUCUAGACGCUACCCCAAGAAAUCAUUAUUUUGUGAAUAUGAUCAUUCCUAAACCACCGGCUAAAAGACGAUUUGUGUGUGUUCAACGCUAUUUUGAAGAAAAAUACGAAAUAUCUCUAAAUCAACCCAAUUCUCCACUUUUGCGUGAUUCAGUAGGUCGUUUGUAUCCGGUUGAAGCAAUUUGGAUCCGUAUCUGUCUUUUCUAA